GUGGCAGUCAGUUUUUGCUGCCCGAUUCGAAUAAAGAUUUCGCUUUGUUGGACUCUGGUGAUGGCUUGGGUCUUUUGGAUUUUUACACUCUAACGUUUGGGUACCAAACGCUAACCUCCUUGAGCCCCUAAGCUGAAUUAACAGCACCUCGGACUGUUUUUCAGUCAUCUGGACUCCCGGAGGGAAGCUGUAUUCUGGUUUCUGGUUGGAGCCUCUCUGGGACCCAGGAAAGGAGAAAGUGGGCGCAGCAUUCCUCCUAGGGUCAGAGGUGGACAGGAGACAGCCCGCCUUUUCACUGGUUUCCACUGAGGGAACAUUUGAUUCUGGUUCUGGGCAUGCCGGAUUGCCCAUGUCUGUCAGUUUGUGUCUGUACUUUCAUUUAGUUUGAAUGUCGCUCUGUGUUUCAUAUCCAGAAAAAUGGGCCAAAGUUCAUUGCUGGCUGUCCACCUCUUUACUUAGUAUUUACUCAUCUCAAGGAUUUUUAAAAAAAGCGGCUGAAUCAGGACAACAACAAAUAACAACAAGGACGACGACAAUAGCUGAUCAGCUGGCACUGUGCCUGCAGCUCAGAGUCCCGACUGCUGGUCAAGCCCCGCCUCCUGCCCGCCUGACAGCAAACCCCAGCCGCCUGAUCCAUACAAGCUGCUCUUAAAGCCGAACCGAACCGCAGCUCCGAACCACAGCUCCUCAGCUUUCUCUGGUUGGGAAGCCGGUGCCUCCUCCCGCCACAGAACCACUGUGCCAGUGAGAGUUGGACUCUGCACGCAGCAAGGCGCUUCUCUCCCUUGAAAUUAGAUCAGGAAGAAGACAGCCUGUGGUUGAUUUGUUCUGCUCCUGCAUUCUUCAUAUUAGCUCCAAGGACAUCAGAGCCAGGACUGCUAGGGACAACAGAGAGAGGCCACCUCCAUCUGCCCUGCAUCUGUAGAGUGUCCAGCAUCCUGACCCAUAAAUCAGAGACUACUGUCUGACUCGCCUAGACUCAGAGAGUCUGAACCCGAGCUUCAGCUAAGGCACCUCGCACAGAUAGCACAGAUAUCCAGUUGCUACCGACGCUUGGGAAUGAGUCACCCUGUGUCCCUGCAGGAGGCUGUGGGCACACCCGAGGAAACAAAGUCCGUCACACAGCUGGCAGAAGCCACCGCAGCAACAUAAGCUCUCGAGGAAGGGACCCAGAGACAGAGCAAGAUGAGUUCCGAGACAGGCCCUGUAGCUGUUGAUCCCACCCUGAGGAGAAGAAUUGAGCCCUGGGAGUUCGAAGUCUUCUUUGACCCUCGGGAACUUCGGAAAGAGACCUGUCUGCUGUAUGAGAUCAACUGGGGCGGAAGGCACAGUAUCUGGCGACACACGAGCCAAAACACCAGCAAACAUGCUGAAGUCAAUUUCCUAGAAAAAUUUACCACAGAAAGAUACUUUCGUCCAAACAGCAGAUGCUCCAUUACCUGGUUCCUGUCCUGGAGUCCCUGUGGGGAGUGCUCCAGGGCCAUUACAGAAUUUCUGAGCCGGCACUCUCAGGUAACACUGUUUAUUUACAUAGCACGGCUUUAUCACCACGAAGAUCAGCGAAACCGGCAAGGACUCCGGGACCUUAUAAGUAGCGGUGUGACUAUCCAGAUCAUGACCGAGCAAGAGUAUUGUUACUGUUGGAGGAAUUUUGUCAACUACUCCCCUUCCAACGAAGCUCACUGGCCGAGGUACCCCCACCUGUGGGUGAGGCUGUAUGUACUGGAACUCUACUGCAUCAUUUUAGGCCUUCCACCCUGUUUGAAGAUUUUAAAAAGAAAACAACCUCAACUCACAUUUUUCACAAUUACCCUUCAAAUCUGCCAUUACCAAAAGAUACCACCCCACCUCCUUUGGGCUACAGGGUUGAAAUGACGUCUGGGAGUUGGGGAUGGAUGAAAUGACUCCUCGGAUGCGUAUCGUCUUGACAGCAAGCAUUGAUGACCCUCUACAGAGUGACUGCCACGAAGCAUCUAGAAACUGAGCUGGGCUGUCAUCCACGGGUAGCAGACUAGUCACACACACAAGGCCCUUGGUUUGAUUCCUAGAAUGUCCAGAAAAACAGAGAAUCGAGAAAUUGAGCCGGGUGUGGUUAUACACUCCUGUAAUCUCAGCUCGUGGGAGGCAGAGGCACCAGAUCUCUGUAAAUUCAAGGCCAGUCUGGCCUACAUUGUAAGACCCAAGCCAGCCUUGAACUACACAGUGAGAACUUGUCUAAAAAACACCACCUCCCCAGCAAAAAAAUAUCAAGAACAUAGAAAUUGAGUGUCAGGUAAGGUGGCACAUUCCUAUAAUCCUGGUAGUUUCAUGGUGGAGGCAGAAGAAUGGCAAGGUCAAAGUCACUUAGAGCUACACAGUAAGUUUGAAGCCAGCCCCAACAUGGAGAAAUUCAGUGUGCUCAAUUCUUCCAGGUAUGCCAGGGGCCACAGCCAACACCUUGCCAGUUUCCAUAAUACAGUCCCUCAGCUCAGCUCAGCCAUCUGUCUGCCUGACCUUCCCACAGCUAGUAUGGCCCACAGCAGUCACCGGGCAUUAAACGGAAGCUUAGACCUUAUUAACUUCAUACAUAUGAAUUUUAAAAAUCGUAUUUAUUUACUAUUAUUAGUGUGUAUGUUGAGGGGGUUAUGUGUACAUACUGAGGCGCUCCUGUGGAGGCCAGAAGACAACUUUUAUGUUCCCCCCCCCCCCUUCUCCUUCUAUUAGCCAUUCUGAGGACUGAAUACAGAUCGUCAGUUCAAAAAAGCAAGUUAUCUCCCGUGAGUGAUCUCAACAGCCCUGUGUCUAUACAUGAAAACAACAACACCCUGCAGUAAAAGAACCAUUUAUCAAUA